AUGAAACAACUUGGUUUCAACCCGGGACAGAUUGGAUUGACAGCACUGUUCGGGAUACCGCAUCUAUUCAUACCACUGUGUCUACUGUUCGGUGAGAAAUUGCGAGCAAGAAUGAUUGUCGCAGUAUUUGGUACCUUGGCGGCAUCAGUAUGUUGUAUGUUACCACUUUUAUCCCUGAUAGUACCAGCGCUACAGCCGACAUGCUAUACCAAACCAUACAUAGCAUUCAAGUCUGCUAGCAAAGCAAUACAACUUAGAAACGGAACAGUGCAUUUGAACUAUUCAAGCUAUGCAUUCCGCAGUAACACGAAGCACUUUACAUCGACCGAGUCUCUUGAAGCGGUACAACAACAUAUCUUCAUUAAUAGUUCGGUCGAUAUAACCGCCAAUAACCCGUCUGCCUUCGUGAUCCACCGUACAAUUUCUCAUUUGCCAUUGAACAACCCACUGAAUACCGUCUCAGUGCAUUCGAAGAAUUCAAACCCUACUAGAACUCGCAUAACCGACUUGCAACCACAUCAUCCCAAAGCAUAUUUAACAUCAACCCACACUCCAUCAAUACCAGAAGUUGCCUCUGGUCAUAAUGGCCGAAUGCUCUCGAAGGAUAAAACACGCCUAUCUGUCUCUAAGAUUCACCAUUCCUUAAGAUUUAACAACACCUUAACUAUACAGCGUACGCGACCCUCAAACUAUUCCAGCAAUCCAGCCAAACCAUCCUCUAAGACUCGCAAUUCACAGUCUUCGCUGAGUGCUUUAUUCCUAAUACUAAUAAUCUCAAGAUCUCUGACGCAGUUUUUUGAUCGUAUAGAUCUAUCCUUGGCAAACCUAGCCACGAUGACUUUCAUUCAAGGAAGAAACGGGAGUUAUGGCGUUUAUCGCAUGUGGUCCUAUAUAGCUAUCGCUCUUUCUCUUCCGUCUGUCUCUGUGCUGGCUUGGUACAUUCGGAUAAAUAUGUGUGGAGUUACGAAGUAUGGUUAUUUCGUAGCUUUUAUAUGGGGAGGAAUUAUGCUCUUACUUUCGAUGGUAUCUCUUCCCUGGUUCAAGUUUGAGUACAACGAGAAAAAAGCAUUCACCUGGUCUGGAGUUAAAUCUGAUGUUUUUAAUACGCACUACAUUCUUAUGUUCGUCGUUCAGUUUUAUGCCGGACUGUGUUUAGCGUUUCAAUGCUACUGGGAAUUUUGGUACUUAGAUGGAUUAUCUGCAAGCCCGUUAUUAAUUGCCGCUGCAGGUUUAGUGAGAAGGCCUUUGGUAGCGAUGUCUGCGUUUCUAUCAACUCAUUUGAUAAGAAAGAUCGGUGAAUUAAAGACUAUAUGUGUGGCAAUGUUUCUUUACGCGUGCUCGUAUUUUGCGCUGUCGUUCGCAAGAGUAGCUUGGUUGGUUAUUGUGAUUGACAUGUUUCAAGCGUUUGCUCCUGCUAUUAAUUACUGUGCAUUCACUGCAAUUUUCUACAAUGCUUCAUCAAAAGAAAACUCAAGUAUGAUCCUCGGUAAGUGGUAA